GAGCCGCAUCCAGCAGUGGACGAACACGCUCCGGUAGACCUUUCCUUGUUCCUUUUUUUGCUAAAUUUUCAACCUGCGGCCGCCCACGCUCACUCGAUCGGAGACAUACCAACGCAAAUAGGCUCAACAAUACCUACUUGGAAUAGUUCGUGUUUAACGAUUUUCUCCAAGUAACCAAAGUCCAGUAUGUCCAUGAUGUCGGGACCGAGUUUUGCGGCCUAUAAUUCGUGGUCGGCCCAGGCUGGUGGUUUUGGCAACCAAACGGUUGUCGACAAGGUACCAGCGGAAAUGCUCUACCUGGUCGAUUCGCACUGGUACCAAUUCCCCCCUAUGAACCCCCUGUGGCACGGCAUCUUGGGAUUCGUAAUCGCGGUCCUUGGCUUCGUUUCAGUCGUCGGAAAUGGAAUGGUCGUUUACAUUUUCUGCUCUACCAAGUCGCUACGAACGCCGAGCAACCUGCUGGUCGUUAAUUUGGCGUUCUCCGACUUCCUCAUGAUGUUCACCAUGUCUCCACCUAUGGUGAUCAACUGCUACUACGAAACUUGGGUGUUCGGACCUCUGAUGUGCGAGGUGUACGCGAUGCUUGGUUCCCUGUUCGGAUGUGGUUCUAUCUGGACCAUGACGGCAAUUGCCUUCGACAGGUACAAUGUUAUUGUAAAGGGUUUGGCAGCGAAACCAAUGAAUAUCAAGGGCGCGCUCCUCCGAAUUCUCGGAAUAUGGUUGUUCGCCGGCAUAUGGACGGUUGCCCCGAUGCUCGGCUGGAACAGAUACGUUCCCGAAGGCAACAUGACCGCUUGCGGAACAGAUUAUCUAACCAAGGAUUGGGUAUCGAGGUCCUACAUCGUGGUGUACAGUUUCUUCGUUUACUACAUGCCGCUCUUCCUGAUCAUCUACAGCUACUUCUUCAUCAUCCAGGCCGUAUCUGCUCACGAAAAGUCGAUGCGAGAGCAGGCGAAAAAAAUGAACGUCGCUUCCUUGAGGUCGUCCGACAACGCGAACACCAGCGCCGAAUGCAAACUGGCAAAGAUCGCUCUAAUGACCAUCUCCUUGUGGUUCAUGGCGUGGACGCCAUAUCUGGUAAUCAAUUAUGCCGGAGUUUUCGAAACCGCUAAAAUCACCCCUCUUUUCACGAUCUGGGGUUCUCUCUUUGCCAAGGCCAACGCUGUCUACAAUCCGAUCGUCUACGGUAUCAGCCACCCUAAAUACCGGGCAGCACUCUUCCAGAAGUUCCCAUCUCUGGCUUGCGGUGGAGCAGAACCCGGACAUGGCGAUGCCACGUCCACGGUAUCCGGCGUCACAACUCUCACCGACAACGAAAAACCAGCCGCAUAAAAUCCAUCAUUACCUAACGACGAAGGAACUGCUAUUUGCAACGUGUGAUUUAUUGUUUUGCAAUAUUCGAGAAAGAAAAAACAAAAUUUUUUCAAAUUUAAGAACUAAAUGAAAACGUUUUAUAGUAGCGAGAUAUUUUUUAUACAUACUUCUUUUAAAACCGUAGUUGCAAUAUAUUUCGGAGCAAAAGAACCGGAAGUGACAAAAAGAAGAACACACCGUUGCAAAUAGCUGAGAAAAUUUACCAUCUUGUUGCAGGGAGAUCUACCGAGGUCACUGAUAUUGAUCCCUUGAUGAUAGACAGCCGCAAUAAUUUUCGAAUCUACUAAAAAAGGUGGGAGGGGGAGAGAUAAAGACGCGGGCAGGCAAAUUAAGUAAUA